GACGAGCACCCUGUGGGUUUUAGGGCACAGGCUGCUACUCUUACACUAUAUAAUAAAUAGUAUCCAGCAACUUUAUACCACCUGGCAUCCCCACCGAGAAGCCUGAGCUCUCACGCAUUGGACGCAUGCAGCAACUUAGCAAGGGGUUAGCUCUCACACUGGGCACAUACUGGCACCUCCAUAUACUGUAGGUGUAGGAGAAGGCUGAUCUUUUCACACACUGAGCAUUGCCUGGCACCUAUCCCCAAGAGAGUGAGCCUCCUGUAUUUGGUAUACAGCCUAUAGCCUCCAGCCAGAAGAAGACUGAACAUAUAGACACCAGUAGGUGGAGAGGUUCACACUGGGCAUAGCCUGGUAACUUUCACCAGGAGACUGAUCCUCUUGCAACCUGGGUACAACCUUGGAUCUCUCUGCAGAAGACUGAACCUUUACUAAUGUAGGUGCCCAUGCACAGCUCACUUGGCACCCCCUCCCGUCAGGGUGGGGGGAAUAAUGGCGAGCUUACUCUCACAGGCUCUCAGGUCUCUGUGACUCGGCGUCCAAGCAGCGCAGUCAGCGCCAAACACAUUUCACGUUCCAUCUCUGUCAUCACAGAUACCAGGAGCAAGGGAAACUCAAUGCGGGACUCGCCCCGAGCUAUCAAUAACCUUCGCAGGUCCAACAGUACAACGCAAGUGACUCCAGAGAACAGCGCGGCACUCAGCGGUAACCCUCAUGAGGAUUUCAUGGCCUUUUUUGAUAGCAGUUCUAUUGGACGGAAAAAAUUGCAUGGUCUGGCCAAAACCCCCCCAGAGAAAAAGACCACUUGGAAUAUUCUCGAUGAACAACAUAGAGCAUUUCCCAUACCCUCAAGUGCCCGUAGUGCUAGCUCCGUGCUGAGCAUGAAGAAAAGAGAUAUGCCUGCCCUAGCCCCCAGCUUCCCAGCUAACAACAGGAGCAAUAAAGGAACAGUAGGUAAUACUGUAACCACCAUGGUGCAUAAUAAUUAUUCAUCUGGAGAGCGAGGACUCAGCGCCAAAAGUUCCAACCAGAAGCCACCAUCGCUGAACUUAUGCACUCUCUACAGUAACCAGAGAACCCCCAGUGGUGAAGAAUCCGGGAACAGCUUUCAGAAAUCACAGAAAAACUUAUCAAGCACUAACAACCUGGGGCGUAAUAACACAGGAGGGAGCACACCACCAAAGAGGAAGGAGGUUACCGCUGAGGAGGCUGAGCGAUUUAUUCUGCAAGUGAAUAGCGCAGCUGUCACCAUUCAGCGCUGGUAUAGGCGCCAACGUCAGAAGCGCCGAUCAGGGGAGAUGACUUUACGGCACAUGCUGGCUUCUAAAAAGGAGGCGAGGCAGCAGCAAGCAGAUGAAGGCAUUUACUUGCGUUCUCAGGAAGCCAAGGAGGAUGAACGUCGGAGAAUCCGAGAAGAAAAAGCACGCCAAGCACGGCAGGCAGCCAUUCAGGAACUCCAGCUGAAGCGGGCACAGAAAGUGCUGGAAACCAAAAAAGUAGCAGAGGAUGAGCUGGCUCUGCUGGCACAGAGCGGGAAGGUGGGAAAGAAGAAAGCUAGCAGGAAUCUGGCAAAUUCACCAUUGGGGAGAAGCAGCAAGUCCAACAAUAAUAUAGAGUCCAGAGGGCAGGAUAUGUUGGAGAAUGACAAUUCUGUGGUUCCUCUCUUCAGGCCAGCAGUGGACAGCGCAAACAGUGAGAAAAGUGCACAGACACUCCCUCCACCAGACCACAUACUGGGGGGUGUGGAUGUUGUAGCCUCUGCACAGUCUAAAACCACUUUAACAGACCUGCUGGACACACUGAAACAGUUAGAAGAGCCUGAACCUCUGCUUCAAACUAAAACAGACACCAAGGACAAGUUUCACUGGAUCGAUGGGGAUGCUGACACGUCUCUGACUGCUGAUAACUUGGAGCGACUUAGUCACAUGAUGCACAUUGGUGACAGUGAGCAAAAGGAUGUCCAGGACAGGACUUUACUUUCAGAGGCCAAGCUACAGAACAUCAUUAGUUUUCUGGAUGAGAUGGAAAGGGCUGAACAGGAAAGGCCUCGAUCUUCUGCUUCCAAUACUCAUAGAGGGGCUUUGCUAUCUGAGGAAGAGUUGACACAUCUAGAACAGGCGUCAGCUGUCGCCACAGAGGUGACGAGUUCUAUGCUGAAGAUGCGAUUGGAACUGGAGGAGAAGAGGAAAGCGACGAGUCUCCUACAGACAGCAUUAGCUCAACAGCGUGAGCUAACUGUGCGACAUGUGAAGCAAACAGAAAAAGAUCUGGGAUACCAGCUGAAACAGCAGAGUGAGCAGUAUGAGGCCACAAUACAGAGGCACCUGACAUUCAUAGACCAGCUCAUCGAUGACAAGAAAGCCCUGAGCGAGAGGUGUGAGUCACUGGUCAAUGAGCUGAAGCAGGUGGAUCAGAAGUAUGCCAGCAAAAUCACCCAGAUGCAGGAUCAGCAUGAAAUGGUUUGGCAAACUCUGGGCCCCCUGUGUGAGGAGAUGAAAAAACUGCAGGAACUCAUGAGCGCUACAGAAAAAGUGCGUAGGGAGAAAUGGAUUGAUGAGAAGACUAAGAAAAUUAAAGAGAUCACAGUAAAAGGUCUGGAGCCUGAAAUUCAGAGACUUAUUUCCAAGCACAAACAGGAGAUCCGCAAGUUAAAGGCUCUACAUGAAGCUGAGCUUCUGCAGUCUGAUGAACGAGCAGCGUUACGAUAUGUGCGCCAAGCAGAAGAGCUGCGUCAGAACCUGGAGCGUGAGAAGGAAGAAGUGAGCCAUAGAGAGCGGGAGAUGGCGAAGCAGAGGUAUGAAAAGCAACUUGUACAAGAGGAGCAGUCGCUACAGGAGCAGCGCAGGCAUCUGUACAGUGAGGUAUCUGAGGAAAAGGAGCGUUUAAACCAGCAAGCAUUCAGGCAGAGGGCAGAACUGGACGAAUUAAGAAAACAGCUGGAGGACAACUGUGCUCUGGCCACUAGAGUGCUAAAGGAAGAGUAUGAGAAGAGUAAAGAGGAACAAGAAAGGAGACACCAGGUAGAGCUUAAGGCCAUUAAAGAGCGUUUAGAGAUUGAGAAGCAGGCAUGGGAGCAGAACUAUAGAAAGAAGGAGGAGACCUGGCUUCUGACAAGAGAAAGAGAGCUGAAAGAAGAAGUCCGGAAGGGGAGGGAUAAAGAGAUUGAGCUGGUGAUUCAGCGCCUUGAGUCUGAGAUGUCAACCGCAAGGGAAGAAUGUGAAAGAGUUGCUGAAAACAGGGUUAAAAGAAUCCGUGAAAAGUACGAGUCUGAGCUACAGGAGAUGGAGCGAUCUGAGAGGAAGCUACAGGAACGCUGCAACCAACUAAAGGAGCAAGUUACCGAGCUGGAAGGAACCCAGAUCAGACUUCAAGGUCUCCUAAAGCAGAGAGAGCAGGAAGUGGAAGACAUCAAGAAGAUCACUAACCGCCUGAAUGACGAAAGGAAGAGCCUCUCCGAUGUGAUCCGUCAGGACUUUGCAGACAGACUUGUAGUGACAGAGGAAGAAAAUAAACGUUUAAAAAUUGAGGCAUCUGAGGCACAUGCACGACAUCGCCUGGAGCUAGAAAGGGUGGCUCGUGAAAAGGAGGAGGAGCUUGAUGAGGUCCACAAGAGGGUAAAGUCAGCAAUAGUGAAGAAAGAAGAGACGAUGAACAGUUUGCGGAAGCAGUGUGAGGCAGCAGUCAAGAGAGCAGAUCACUUAGAAGCUCUCCUGGAACAGCAACGAAAACAGCUAUUGGCCAAGUAGUCAUUAUUGCAGAUAAGACUCUCAACUCCCUGGCCCUGUUCCCAUGUGUUCCGGCGUGAGCUUCCCUCUGACACUACUGCAGGAUUUUCAGUUUGUGCUUUACCCCAGUUCCGAUGCCUGUGCAUUCUGUUUGUGCCUUUUGUUUCCGACUAUAAAAUGAAUAUUUUUUUUUUA